AUGCCAUAAAUAUAUGAUUGUAGAUCAAGCAUUCUUAAAAUUGUAAAUAAAGCAGGUUUGCUUUCAACAGUCUUUUAAUGGAAAGGAAAUCAUCCAAUUAUUAAUGAAUAAGAAAUCCAAAAAUCUUAAUUAAUUUUAAAUGAAUUGAAAUCAAUAAUCCUAGAAUUAGAAUUAUAAUUAAAAGAAGAAACUUAAAAUUCAAUAGUUGAGUUUGUUUUACCUGAUAUAAAUACUAAAUUCAAUUAACUUGAAUUUGAAGAUUUAAGAAAAUUAAUAAAUGAUUGGUGUCAUCAAAGAGAUUGGGAAUAAUACCAUACUCCUAAAAAUAUAGUUAUGGCAUUAAUAGGUGAAGUUGGAGAAUUAAGUGAAAUAUUUAUUGAUGGAGAAUUUUAACCUGGAUUACCAGAAUUAAACUAACAUUAAAAACAUCACACUGGAGAAGAAAUAGCAGAUAUUUUACACAAUUUAAUACGCUUAUGUGAUAGAUGCAAUAUUGAUAUUGUAACAGCUAUACAAAUGAAAAUUCAGAAAAAUUCAAUUAAAUAUCCUAUUAAUAAAGUAAAGGGUUCAUCCUUAAAAUAUGAUGAAUAUUAAAAAUGA